GCCAGAGAGAAAGUUCCUCGUCUACAGUUACAUGCGAGCCAACGCACUAACUUCCUCGUAUAAAACUAAAACGCACCCUUCUGGACUUUCUAUCGGAAUUAUAAUCACGGGUCGGGAUGGAGGAGCCGACAUAAAAGAAAAAUAAGUGCUUUCUAAAGAAUACAAGUAAUUCGGGGUUAGAAGACCAUAUAGCCAUAUAGCGGCCAAGGAUUAUACAGCUGGUUGGAACGAGGUUCUUCCACCAUGGGCUGUGUGGGGUCCAAAGAGCAGCAGGAUCCCAGCAGCAAAGGAGUGAUUGAUGACGCUCUGAUCCGGACGCAGACAACCCAAUAUGUCAAAGACCCCACCACUGGGACCAAGGCUAAUAGAACCAUUUCCACUGGCCCUCCAGUCCCCUCUGAGGGUCCUGAGAGCAUUGCCAUUGCACUGUAUGACUAUGAGGGUAUAAAUGAUGGCGACCUGGGCUUCAAGAAGGGAGACAAGCUUAAAAUCUUACAGGAGUCUGGAGAAUGGUGGAGAGCCCAGUUAAUCAGCACAGGCCAGGAAGGCUUCAUCCCCAGUAACUAUGUAGCCAUAGACAGCCUUGAAACCGAAGAGUGGUUCUUUAAAGGAGUGAGCAGGAAAGAUGCAGAGAGGCAGCUGCUGGCAUCAGGAAACAAAAUGGGAUCGUUUAUGAUCCGUGACAGUGAGACCACCAAGGGCAGCUACUCCCUAUCCGUAAGGGACAGUGAUUCCCAAUCAGGAGACACAGUCAAGCAUUACAAGAUCCGUACACUGGACAACGGUGGCUUCUACAUCUCCCCGCGCAUCACCUUCACCACCCUGCAGGAACUGGUCGGCCACUAUAAGAAGCAGGGAGACGGUCUGUGUCAGGCCUUGACCAGCCCCUGCCUCAGUCCCAAGCCCCAGAAGCCCUGGGAGAAGGAUGCCUGGGAGAUCCCUCGGGAUUCCCUCAAACUGGACAGGAGGCUCGGGGCUGGCCAGUUUGGAGAGGUCUGGAUGGCUACAUACAACAAGCACACUAAGGUGGCAGUGAAGACCAUGAAGCCUGGCACCAUGUCUGUGGAGGCUUUCCUGGACGAGGCUAACCUGAUGAAGGCUCUGCAGCACGACAAGCUGGUCCGUCUGAACGCUGUGGUUACCAAAGAGGAACCCAUCUACAUCAUCACAGAGUACAUGGAGAAGGGCAGUUUGCUUGACUUCUUGAAGAGUGACGAGGGGAACCGUGUUCAACUCCCCAAACUCAUUGAUUUCUCAGCACAGAUUGCAGAAGGUAUGGCCUACAUCGAGCAGAGGAACUAUAUCCACCGGGACCUGCGAGCCGCCAACAUCCUGGUCUCCAAGGCUCUGGUGUGCAAGAUCGCUGACUUUGGCCUCGCCCGAAUCAUUGAGGACAAUGAGUACACAGCCAGGGAAGGAGCAAAGUUCCCCAUCAAGUGGACGGCCCCGGAGGCAAUCAACUACGGCUCCUUCACCAUCAAAUCAGACGUCUGGUCCUUUGGCAUCCUACUGACUGAGAUCAUCAGCUAUGGACGCACACCAUAUCCAGGGAUGACGAACCCAGAAGUGAUCCGCUCCCUGGAGAGAGGCUACCGCAUGCAGCGCACCGACAGCUGUCCCCAGGAGCUCUAUGACGUCAUGUUGGAGUGCUGGAAGAACAAGCCCGAGGACCGUCCAACCUUUGAGUACCUGCAGAGUGUCCUGGAGGAUUUCUACACGGCAACAGAGAGCCAGUACCAGCAACAGCCUUGAGCCAGACAGAAAGAUCUAGGCAGAUACAUAGCAUCCUCUCAUACUCCUAGAGUAGCCUACAGACAAACCUACAGAGGAAAAAAGGGGGUUCUGAACAUGUUUUUAGACGGUUCCUUAUGAAAUAUGGCAUUUACUGUAGCUUUAUGAGUGAUGACCUAACAAAUGAAUUACAGCGAUUCAUGACAUGGCACACUGUGAUGCGUUUCAGAAUUGUACUUUAUUUAUAUUUAAUUGACAUUUCCUGCUGAGCAUAUACAUAGGAAUUUCACAAUAGCAAAAUAUAUGAGUGGCCAGAAAUAAAAUAAAAAAUAGCAAAAUUGCAGUCUUUUUUAUUGUGGAUUUCCUAUGCCCAGUGCAUAUAUUGGAAAAGGCCAUUUAUAUUCUGGCAUAGACCAUUGUAACUAUAAUUCACUGAAUAAGCACUGGAGUGCAAAAGUAUAAUCUGUUCACUUUAAAACAUUGUUUGCCUAUGUGGUAAGGGGCUUAAUUUAUUUUAUCAGAGAGGAACCUACUUGUUUGUCAGUCCUCUAUACUAAAUGUAUAUGUAGACUACGCAAGGGAAUAAUGUGAGAAAACUGUGACGGGGAUGUGACAUUUUUACACGAGUAAAAUUAGAUGUUGCUUGCAUGUUUUCUUGUUUUCUAUGUAGGCCACUGUCAUCAUUUGUCUAACAUGGCUGAAUAAUUUGUGCAUUGAGGUAGAUACCAUAACAAUUGACUUGAAUACAUUGAAUGUUGAAUACGGGAUAUAUGUUUUUAUAUGAAUAAUGCAUUUCUUAACCAAAUGAAUUUUGAUAUUUUCUUAUAGGCGCUUGUAAGUGCAAUGACUUAAAGGUUAUGUUGAAUAAAAUGAAUGAAUAAAAUCA